AUGGCGACGAAAUUCUGCGUUAUCAAUGCAGAAAAAUCUACCGGUCAACCUGAGCAUUCGCCUCCGCGAAAACUGCCGCGACCCCACCACCGUCUUCGUUCUGCCUACAUUAUGGGGCUCUUUGAUGGAGAAACUCAAGACAUGUCGGUCAACUUUGCCGCUAGAUGUGCAUCCUCUACAGGCGAGAUGUCCCUCUCUGUCUCGGAGGGUCAUUACAACUGGCAUGGGGCUUUACAGGACGAACAACGCUCCCGCGCUCCAGUUAGUCUCACCAUCUACCCCUUACUCACCGAGGCAUCCACUUCCAGCUUUGAGGCUUCGAGUUCUCUCAUCAUUGGCCAUCACAUGGAGGAGGACUUCCAAUCCCAUCUCCCCACUUCCCUUGGAAGCACUACCCAAAUGGAAUGGUCGAGCAGAGGCGCUGACCCUCCACUGGAUCGUCCAUCCUUCCUUCCCAUGGAAAGUCCUGUCUCCCUUCAGCGUGAACAUGACACCGUCUCUCCAUCCCCUGCUGCCUUACCUUGCAAUGCCAUUCACGUCUGCUCACUCCCCAGUUUGGACUCUCCCCUUCAUCCUUUGAAAAUGCCCUCAGUUACACUUCGCCCCGAUUCUCAACUCAUCUUUGCUCCCUGCCGACCUGGGCUAUUUACUUCCGCAACGCUCCAGAUUGAGCUGGCGGCGUCGGAUGGUUCCCAGAGCGAAGAAGGCAGCGGUAGUCUCACAUCCAGCACCGCAUCUCGUAGGCGACUCUCAUUGUUAUGGCGCCUUUAUUGGCGUGCGACGCCUGUAUGCGUGGAAGGAGUGGAAAACGUCUUCUCCUACCUUGUACCGCCACGUCCUCUUCUCAUUGAGCCUGGCGAGACACAUCACCUACCCUUCAGUUUCCGUCCGCCCCGAAACACCCCCCCCGAAACUCGAUUCUCUCAGCGUUGGCUUUUUUCCUUCCAUCUCUCACGCGACAUCACUGGCCCUCUCGUGCUCGAUUCCACCUUCAAUGAACCCACUCAAGAAUCUGAAGUCCUCUUUGUCGGCGACACACUCAGUGUGCGCACUUCGUCUGAAAUUCGUGUUUUCCUCUUCCAGGAACCUCAUCAGUCGUCUGUGCCAGGACCUAGAACCGUUAUUGUCAAACAGCUUUUGAAGUUUAGAGGCGUUCCAGUCGUAUUUCGACGUCAAGACCAGAAUUGCCAGUUCGAUUUGAUUAACACCUCUUUCGACGAGCGGCUGACAGUGACUGUGGGACAAAUAAACUCUACGGCCUUCGAAUUGAUCAAACCUACAUCUACGAGGUUUUCCAUAGAGUAA